AUGACUAGCAUUCCAAUCUUGUGCUUUAGAGGUCAUGAUGAAAGCCUUGACUCAAAAAAUAUAGGUAAUUUUAUUGAAUUGAUAAAAUUCACAUUAACUUUCAAUGACAAAGUAGCUAGUGUUGUCUUGGAAAAUGUUCCAGGAAAUGCCAAAUAUACAUCACCCACAAUUCAAAAGGAGAUUUUGCAUAUUCUUACUAGUAAUGUGCGAAAUACUAUUCGUGAAGAAAUUGGGGAUGCAAAAUUUUGCAUUCUUGUUGAUGAAGUCAGGGAUGAGUCGAAGAGAGAGCAAAUGGCCAUCAUUUUGAGGUUUGUUGAUAAAGAAGGUUUCAUUAAAGAGCGUUUCUUUCAUGUUGUGCAUUUUAGAGACACUACUGCAUUGACUUUAAAGAAUGAGAUAUGUGCUGUCCUUUCUCAUCACAACCUUCACAUUAAAAAUAUUCGAGGUCAAGGAUAUGAUGGGGCUAGUAACAUGCGUGAACAAGUUGAGAAUAUGAUUGCUUCUAAUGAAAUUAAGACUGGAAGAGGUGCAAACCAGAUUGGUACUUUGCAACGAGCUGGAGAUACUAGGUGGGGAUCUCAUUUUCAAUCUAUUUGUAUUUUGAUUAAAAUGUUUGAUACUACUUGCAAAGUUAUCAACCCUAUCUCUGAGGCAGGGGCUAACUAUAAACAACGUGGUGAUGCCGAGGGAGCUUAUCAGAUAAUGGGAAUUACUAAUGUUCUUUGUCAAGCUUUGCAACAACAUUCUCAAGACCUUUUAAAUGCCAUGCAUUUAGUUUCAACUACAAAAUCACUUAUUCAAAAGUUGAGAGAUGAUGGAUGGGAGCCUUUACUUGCUAGUGUUAUAUCAUUUUGUGAGCAAUAUGAAAUUGAUAUUCUUGAUAUGAAUGCUCGUUACACUAAAGGUCGAGGUAGAUAUCGUCGUCAAGAUGAAAAUUUAACAAUGGAACAUCAUUUUAGAAUUGGCAUAUUUACAGUUGCAAUAGACUUUCAAUUGCAAGAAUUGAAAAGUAGAUUUUGUGAGCUAAUAAUGAAACUUGUCAUUCUUAGUUCAGCUUUAAAUCCCAAGGAUGCUUUUAGAUUAUUCAAAAUUGUUGAUAUAUGCAAUUUGGUUAAGAAAUAUUAUCCUCAAGAUUUCACUAAACAUGAACAAGAACUUUUGGAGUCUCAAUUGCAACAUUAUAAGCUUGAUGUGAUAAAACAUCCAGAAUUUCAGAAUAUGAGUACAAUUUCCGAGCUAUGUAGGGGAUUAAAAAUUUCAGGAAAGUCUAAAAUCUAUUUUUUGAUUGAUAAACUUAUUCGUCUUGUGUUGACCCUUUCAGUUUCUACAGCAAUUACAGAAUAA